AUGACGUUGCCGCCUCCCCGGUUGCUAGGAAACAGGCCCGCUGUUGGCUACCGCGGCGCUUCACCGAGCCUGCGCACUGGGGGCGCUCGCGGGCGGAGCUCGGAUCGCCGAGACGCAGGAAGGAGCGCGCUCCGUCUCCUCAUCUCCAGCUCCCGGCGUGCACAGCGCGGCCCUCCUUUGGUUCCUUGGUCUGGACCCUGGCUUUCUCAGCGGCCGCGAGGCCACGUCACCGAGCGCCGAGGCGGGGAGAAGCGCGCCCCGCCCAGCCCUGCGCAGCGCGCAUGCGCCCAGCUCCCGGCGCUGAAAUUCAAAUUUGAACGGCUGGAGGAGGUCGUGUCUGACACUGGAGGCCGAGGAGAGGCAAGUGUGGAAGAUUUCCUCCCCCCGGACUCCCGUGUUUUCUCCAGAAUACACAUUGAGCUGCGACUAACUUAUUUUCUUUUGCUGAAUUUGAUCCACCGUCUCCGUCGCCUCGUAGACUGCAGGCGGCGCGUGGGGGCAAUGGACCCGUUUACGGAGAAACUGCUUGAACGAACCCGGGCCAGGAGAGAGAAUCUUCAGAGAAAAAUGGCGGAGAGGCCCAUUCCCACGUCGAGGCCUGUUCACACUAAGCGAGCUAGAAAACCCCUGGCAGAGGCAAGCAACCAGCCGCCCCUGUCUGGAGGUGAAGAGACGUCUUGUACAAAACCAUCACCAUCAAAAAAACGCUGCUCUGACAAUACUGCAGAAGCUGUUUCUAAUUUGGAAAAUCAACAGCCUGUUGAGACAGUUCCUGCAAAAUCUCAGUCUCCAAGUCCUGUGUCUCCUCAGGCGCAGCCACAGGCACCAGCUGCUGCCAGUGAUUCUGUGGCUGGGCCAUCAUCCCCGCUGGCAGGGACCAGGGGGCUGAACUCAAGAUUGGCAGGAACUGCAGCCUCAUCAGUUAAAACACGUAUGCAGAAGCUUGCAGAGCAACGGCGCCAGUGGGAGAAUACUGAUAUGACAGAUGACAAACCAGAAAGCACACUCUUCUCACCGAUGCCAUCAGAGGAGAAGACCACCUCCCCUCCCAAACCACCCCUCUCAGAUGCCUCAGCGACUCCAGUUGGGAGAAGGGGACGGCUGGCCAACCUUGCUGCAACUAUUUACUCUUGGGAAGAUGAUGUAAAUCACUCAUCUGCAAAGCAAAAUCGUGUACAAGAACAGCCUGGUACCACUUGUUUAUCCAAAUUUUCCUCUGCAAGUGGAGCAUCUGCUGGGAUCAAUAGUAGCAGUGUUAAGCAGGAAGCUACAUGCUGUUCUCAAAGGGAUGGGGAUGCCUCUUUGAAUAAAGCCCCAUCCUCCAGGGCUGUGGAUGCAUCUUUGAAUAAUGCCUUCAUUUCUAGCUCUGUGAAAACUACGUCUUCCCCACUUAAGUCUACUACAUCCAUCACUGUUGCUAAAAAAAGUGAAGUACAAAAUCCAGAACUACUUCGAAAAAAUCCUGCUAGUCCUCUGAAGACAGAGGUAUCUAAACCACUUGUGAAGUCAACUGUUUCCCAAACAGCUCGUUCCAAAGAAGAAUUAAAUAAAGAAAGUUGUCAGCAUCCUCAUUCUAAAGAUAAAUCAGCAACACCAGGAGGAACAGGAAUUAAGCCUUUUCUUGAGCGUUUCGGGGAACGUUGUCAAGAACAUAGCAAAGAAAGUCCAGCACGGAGCACGCUCCAUAGGACCCCUAUUAUCACUCCAAAUACAAAGGCAAUCCAAGAGAGAUUAUUCAAACAAAACACAUCCUCAUCUACAACCCACUUAACACAGCAGCGCAAACAGGAACGUGAAAAAGAACUAGCAUGUCUUCAUGGCCGAUUUGACAAGGGCAAUAUAUGGAGUGCCGAAAAAGGAGAAAACUCAAGAAGCAAACAAGAAACCAAAAAGGACAUUUACUGUCAGAACACACCCCUCAAAAAAUCUCAAGUUGUUUCAGAUACUUCAUCACUUCCAGUAACAGAAAAAGUGACUGAAACCCAGACACCAGCAGAAACUCCUAGCACAGAACCUGCAGCUUCCACUGAACGUGAAAUGACGAAGUCUAGCCCUUUGAAAAUAACACUAUUUUUAGAAGAAGACAAGUCCUUAAAAGUAACACCAGAAACAAAGAUUGAGCCGCAGAUUGAAAUUGUACGUGAAAUUGAGAUGAGUGUGGAUAAUGAUGAUAUCAAUAGUUCAAAAGUGAUUAAUGACAUCUUCAGUGAUGUAUUGGAAGGUGAACUAGAUGUGGAGAAGAGUGAAGAAGGAAUGGAUCAAGCAGAAGUAGAAAGCAGCGAAGAACAGGAAGAUGCACUGAAUAUCUCCUCAAUGUCUCUGCUCACUCCAUUAGCACAGACAGUUGGAGUGGUAAGUCCAGAGAAUUUUGUUUCAUCACCUCAACUGGAAUUGAAAGACACCAGCAGAAGUAGUGAAAGCCCAACGCCUGGAAAAUUCCAGAGAACCCGUGUCCCCCGAGCUGAAUCCCGUGAUAGCAUUGACUCUGAAGAUUGUGACCUCCUUUAUAGCAUUGAUGCAUAUAGAUCUCAACGAAUCAAAGAAACAGAACGACCUUCAAUAAAGCAGGAGACUGUUCAGAAGGAAGAUGUUACUUCAAAAGUGAAUGAAAAGACUGCUUUUUCUGGUCAAGUUAACCUCAAACAAAAAAUCCAGGACAUCAAUAAUGAAAUAAAUUUGCAAAAAAUGGUGAUUUCUCAAACAAGCCAGGCCCUUAACUGUUGUGUUGAUGGAGAACAUGGGAAAGGAUCGCUGGAAGAAGCUGAAGCAGAAAGACUUCUUCUAAUUGCAACGGAGAAGACGACACUUUUGAUUGAUGAACUGAAUAAACUGAAGAAUGAAGGCCCUCAGAGAAAGAAUAAGACUAGUCCUGUAUCCCAAAGUGAAUUUGCCCCAUCCAAAGGCUCAGUUACUUUGUCAGAAAUCCGCUUGCCUCUAAAAGCAGAUUUUGUCUGCAGCACUGCUCAGAAACCAGAUGCAGCAAAUUACUACUACUUAAUUAUACUAAAAGCAGGAGCUGAAAAUAUGGUGGCCACACCAUUAGCAAGUACUUCAAACUCUCUUAAUGGAGAUGCCCUUGCAUUCACUACUACAUUUGCUCUGCAAGAUGUGUCCAAUGACUUUGAAAUUAAUAUUGAAGUUUAUAGUUUGGUACAAAAGAAAGAUUCCUUAGGCCCUGAUAAGAAAAAAAAAUCAUACAAAUCUAAGAAUAUGACUCCAAAGCGCUUCUUUACAUCUGCAACCACAAAAAGUAACCUUCAUUCAGCGAUGGCUAGCCCAGGUGGCCUCAGUGCUGUGCGCACAAGCAACUUUGUCCUUGCUGGAUCUCACACACUGUCACUGUCUUCACUGGGGAGCACUAAAUUUGCUCUGGACAAGGUACCCUUUACAGCUCCCUUGGAAGGACAUAUUUAUUUAAAAAUAAAGUGUCAAGUGAAUUCAAGUAUUGAAGAAAGAAGCUUUCUAACGAUAUUUGAAGAUGUCAGUGGCUUUGGUGCCUGGCACCGACGAUGGUGUGUUCUUUCUGGAAACUGUAUCUCUUAUUGGACAUAUCCAGAUGAUGAGAAACGAAAGAAUCCAAUAGGAAGGAUAAACUUGGCUAAUUGUACAAGCCGUCAAAUAGAACCAGUCAACAGAGAAUUUUGUGCAAGACGCAACACUUUUGAAUUAAUUACUGUCCGGCCACAGAGGGAAGAUGACAGAGAGACCCUCAUCAGUCAGUGUAGAGAUACGCUCUGUGUCACCAAGAACUGGCUCUGUGCAGAUACUAAAGAAGAACGGGAUCUCUGGAUGCAAAAACUCAAUCAAAUUCUUGUUGAUAUUCGCCUCUGGCAACCUGAUGCUUGCUACAAGCCUAUUGGAAACCCAUAG